AUGUAUAAGGAGAUUGAAGUCUACAUGGAUGAUAUGAUUGCCAAAUCUAGAAUCGAGGAGGAACACCUCGUCAACUUACAAAAGUUAUUUGAACGAAUACCGAUAGAAGUAGAUCCUGACAAGGUGAAAGCCACCCUUGAUAUUCCUGAACUGCGAAUAGAGAAGCAGUUCCGAGGUUUCUUGGGGCUCUUGAAUUACAUAGCAAGGUUCAUAUCACAGUUCACCGCCUGUAAGAUGAACUACUCUCAGCUGGAAAGGAUGUGUUGUGCUUUGGUAUGGGCAUCCCAUCGUCUAAGACAAUAUAUGUUGAGCCAUACUACUUGGUUGGUAUCCAAGAUGGACCCGAUCAAAUACAUUUUUGAGAAGCCUGCUCUUACGGGGCGGAUGGCUUGGUGGCAUGUUCUGCUAUCUGAGUUCGACAUUGUCUAUGUCACCCAAAAGGCAAUAAAGGGGAGUGCCUUGGUAGAUUAUUUGGCUCAGCAACCUCUCAACGACUACCAAUCGAUGUAUUCAGAGUUUCCAGAUGAAAACAUCAUGGUCUUGUUCGGAGAAAAUGUGGAGGAUGAGGAUCUGGAUAAGUGGAUUAUGUGGUUCGACGGCGCAUCCAACGCCCUAGGCCAUGGGGUUGGGGCGGCUUUGGUCUCUCCUGACAAUCAACGCAUUCCCUUCAUGGCUAGAUUGAGCUUUGAUUGCACGAAAAAUAUGGUUGAAUACGAGGCAUGUGCCCUCGAAAUCCAAGCAGCAAUUGACUUCAACGUCAAAUUGCUCAAAGUAUACCGAGAUUCAGCCUUGGUGAUCCAUCAAUUGAAGGGAGAAUGGGAGACUACGGAUCACAAGUUGAUACCCUAUUAG